UGUAAAGUCUCUUAAUUGUCCAUUUGUUAAGGAGAUGAACAUUAGCAUGCUGGAAGAGGACAGGAUCGCUGACCAUACUAUAAGCACUCAAAAUGAAGAAGUCCAUCUGGAUAGUUUGGACAUGGGUAUGGAACAAAACAAAGCCAUCCAGGAUAUAAAAUUAGCUGAUAUAGAAGAAGCAAACUGGACUGAAAAUGGAAGCAGGAAAGGUGUAGGUCUUGUUGAGUGCAUAGUUAGCCAACCGCAAGAAGAGAACAGCAUAACACAACCUUCUCUAGUGACAAAUUUAUCAGUUUCCACAUGUGGGGAACAAAGCAACUAUCCGUGUAUAUACAGUGUGAUUAAAAUGGGAAGUAUUGAUGCCAAAGAAGGAAACCAGAGUCAUCCAUCCAUAAAUGGGAAAACUGAAGGACGAAAUUAUAUUUGCAGCAGUAAUGAACCUGGAGACACUCAAUGCAAAUCUGCAACUACUGAAAAUGUCACAGACCAGGACAAUCUGUGGACAAAUGAAGAACUGGUAGAACAAAAUGGUAGGGGAAGAAUUUCAGCACAAAGCAGCUUUUGUAGGAGAGAGACCUCUGUUGCAGAGCAAAACAUUGCCAAAGGCCAAGAUAUUUCUGGGAAAGUCAUUCCUGAUAAUCAAUCUGGCUGUAUUUAUUUGGGAAAGGAAGCAAAUGUUUCUGAAUCAAAAUGUGAACAGGUUAUUGUAAGAAGUAAUCCAUUAUUCCCACAGCCUGAUUGGAAUGUUCAAUCUGAGAACAGAAAGACCUCAGUGCAAGAUAUUGUUUGUAGAGAAGAGAAGGGGAGAGAGGAAAAAGAAACUGGAAUGAAAGUAAGCCUUGCAAAGAUCACCACUGCCUCACCUGACCUUGAAGUUCCAAUCCUGCUGACCCAACAACAGCAGAAGGAAAACAGUUGUGAGAAUUUGAUGUCAAAUACAAAACAACCAGAAUUUGAUAGAAUUGAUUUGAGACCCAUUGAAAUUAUGGAAACGUUAUCAAAUAGAGUUAAUGGCCAGCAAACUUUAGCCAAGAUUCCCAAGGCAGAAACAAAAGAAAAGCUAACAGAAAGCUCUUUCAUUUUCACCGAUGCAAAUCUGGAUGGAAAAAAGGAAAUGGUCAUGUGUGUGGAAAACAAGAGAAAACCUGUCCAUGUAGAAAGUUGUCUUUCCUCUGUAGAGGUUCUUCCAACAUUGAGGAGGAUAGGUGAUCUUAGUGGAGAACAUAAUACUGAUUCAGACACCCAGAGGACUCUCCUUGCAUCGCGUACAUGUUCCAGUAUGACUGUGCCAAGCAGUUUUGAUGCUAGGGCCCAAACAUGCUCUCCUUGUGCAGGUCCCCUUUCUAUGGAUCUGGAAUUUCUGCCUGACAGUCAGUUGCAGGGCAUCUUUGAAAGCAACAGCCGUGAAUUGUCACCACCCAAGACAACCUUUCUGGAUAAUCCACAUACAUGUACCACAGAUAAAAGUGGUCAGUGUUCUGCAGGGGGAGGAAAUGGAACCAAAACACUAGCCCCUGUUUUAACCCAUCAAAACAAUGCCAGGAAUGAAGUGAUGGAGAGGAUUUGUGAUCCAUCCAAGCAAGAAGAUGCAACAGAUGUUGUUUGCGGACUGAUUAAGGAGCUUUCUAAUCUCAAUCGGCUGAUCAUGAGUACACACAGAGAUCUGGAUUCCUUCAAGAGAAUGAAGUUCCGGAGAAACAGACAACCUGGGAAGCUUCUUCCUCACAGCAUGAACAAUAUGACAAGCACACUAUGUACCGUGAAAAGGAAGAGAGAGAGCUGUAGCUUGUGAAUAUCAUUGUUUGCUUUGAAAUUUGUAAGAGUUUGCUCUGUUCUGGUGCAGUCUUCUUCAGCUGUGCCUAGCAGUGUGGCCAUGAUCUUAUUUGAAUGAAUAUACCACAGUUACAGAAUAAAAUAGCUUAAUAUUGAAUAUAACGAUUUACUCUUGCUUGAACAUCCUGCUAUCACUGUAAUGUGAAGGAGCUUUCAGAAUCAGACCUAGUGUCUUGACAUACAACUUUGAAUAGUUGCUACGGUCAUUA